CGGUCAGACUUUGUAACUAUGAAGGUCGUGUCUACAUGGCUGUGUGUGGCUGUUUUGCUUCUGGUGGCACUUUUUGGGAUCCUUCAUGUGGGAAAGUGUCAGAUUUUAGAGGCAGAUAUGCCGGUAGAGGUUGUAGAAUGUUUCCAGUUGCUAGGCAAUAAUACUGGUGGAGCAAAUCCUGAAUUUGAGACAAGCGACGAGAUCUAUAUACAGUGUCUUCAGCAGUUUCUAUGGAAGGAAGAAAGCAUACAAUGGUCGGACUUCAAUAUAACCGAAAAAGACAAAGGAUUUAUAAAUUCACUUAUUGGUUCGCUGGUCCGAAGAGGGAGACAGAAGCGCCAAAUAGGACCCGUAGGCAUAUUUCCAAGGACUGGAUUUAGAAUAAGACGUGAAUACAGAAGAAUCUCUGAUGGAGAGAGGUUUGCACUUCAUAGUGCUAUCAACCAGAUGAAAUCGACAGGACAGUAUGAUACGUUUGCCAAUCUUCAUCAGGGGAUUGUUAUCAAUUCUGCUCACGGUGGACCAAAUUUUCUUGGUUGGCACAGGGUCUACCUAGCACUAGUAGAAGAGGAUCUUCGUAUGAUAAAUCCCAGAUUAUCUCUUCCCUAUUGGGACUCCACACUUGAUUUCGAUAUGGUUGAUCCUGUUGAAUCUAUCAUAUGGACUGAAUCAUUUCUUGGUAAUGGUAAUGGUUUUGUAACAACUGGACCAUUUGCAAAUUGGAUAGCAGGAGCGAAUCAGCUAACGAGAAAUAUAGGAGAAGGCAGCACACUCUUCACGAAAGAGAGUAUUCGAAUGGUUCUUACAAGGUGUCGUAUACGAGACAUAACAGCUCCCACUGCGAUGGUCCAAUUCAACUUAGAGAGGUACCACGGAGGUCCGCACAAUUGGGUUGGAGGGCAGAUGUCUGGUUUAAAUACAGCAGCUCAUGACCCCGUAUUUUUUCUACACCAUGCUUUCGUAGAUUAUAUUUGGGAACUAUUUCGUAUUCGGCAAGCGAGAUUUUGUGGAGUGAACCCGUCGACUGACUAUCCUCCUACAAUGGGACUUCAUGCAGCAGAGCGUCCGAUGGAUGGUUUUCCACAAUAUAGAAAUGUUGACGGAUACCGCAGCUACUGGACACAGUUCUGGUACAGAUACGAGCGUUCGCCAACCUGUUCAAUGUGGCAACCAUUUUGCGGAAGUCCAUACUUACGAUGUGACAUGGCACGUCAACGGUGUGUCUCUAUGGCCAGGAUGGGACCUUCUCCAUUACCUGCAGCUGCGGGAUUUGGAGCUUCUCUUGCGGCUGAUUCGCCUAGCUCUCCAGCAUCAGCAAUGGCAGCACGUGCACAGGCAGCUACUGUUUUAACUGGACCAAGAUUUGUGGCGCCACCUCCAGAGCCUAGAACACAAGAUGCUAGACUUAGUAUGGGAGCUGGAAGGAUGAGGAGAUCAGCCAACCAAAAUUUGGAAACAAAGACCGACAUCAAAGUCAAAGGUAAAUCAUCGAGUACACCCAUGGAUGUUGUAGUUGGUCCUGUUUCAGAAGCACCAGAUAUUGGCGAUCAAACUGUAAACAAUCCGAACAAUAUUUUCAGUGGAGGCAUAAUUGGUAUUGAUCAAGAUUUUUCAAACUCAGGAACAACAAAUAACUCAUUACUUUCACUUUCUGAAGAAAUGCAACUUCUGCCUACGCCAAACUAUCAUGAGAUAACUUUAACGGAUCUUCUGAGACCUCCAGCUCAGAACACGUUUAUUAUUAACGAUCACGUCGAUGUUGCGAUGUGGGCUUUCAUCCCUGUAAAGGUUCUUUACACAAGUAAUUUGGAAAAUCCAGUUUUGAAGUUUCUAAACAGAAGAAACCAUUACUCAAAGCACCCAAACGAACCGUCCUUGAAUUCCUCUUCAAUCAAAUUUCCAAACAAGAGAUGUAUACAAGAUGAAUCCGGUGCAAUGCAAGUUAGGAUACAGUCUGUCGGCUUGAAUUACAAUGGUGAGUACUCAGGCUACGCCCUUAUUGAUCGACAUUUACCAGUAGAUUCUGCAACAACCUACAUUGGUGUAAAAUCACCAGAGACAGAACAUACCGAGGUCGUUUUGUCUGCUGUUCAUUCAUGCGGACUUAUGUGUCAGGCGUAUUGUUUCGUCCAAAAUACAGUACCGCCAGAAUUUAAGCCAUGUUCAGGGGCACUGAAAAUUUCAAGCCAGGACCCAAAUGUAUACGGACGGACGUACGAGGAAGCCGUGUCACGUGUUUGGCAAGGAGUAAUAUCUGGAGGUGGAGUGCAGAAUGAGAACUUAAGAAUCAUUUUUGAUUGUUCCGACGAUGAUAAGGCACCGUGGUUUCCUGGCAACGAUGUAUUUAACAACACCAUUUCUUCAUUUUAAAACUGAAAGUAAAAGUUGCUGUUUUUUUCUCUCGGAAACGCUUUCCAAGAUAUUUUAUCAAAUUAAAUUAAAAUUACAAUUUCGACAAAUUUAAGAAAUAAUUGUGGACAGAAAAUAUCAUGUUUUUUGUUAUUCAUCUGAUUGUUCUAUUUUUUUUUUCAUUUGUAAAAUAAACAGUUACAUUUCUUUUUUA